AUGAGACCAGGCCGGAAGAGUUGGAUAUUACGAUGGAUUUUUUGGGCUCUGGUUAUGAUGCCUCUUGCAGCCGCUCAGUUUGACACGGACGAGACCUGCAGUUCUGAAGUGGAGGCCACUUGUGCUCAGUGCAACUUCUGGGGCGAUAACGACGGCCAGGGCCCCAACAACGGCAAGACAUACAACUGCAGUCUGCCCGGUCUUGAAGACUUUGCCCCCGGUGGUCAAUACGAAGGAGUGACGGCCAAUUAUCUGUCGUUCCUGACCGAAAUCUCAACUCAGUUCUUCCCCAUUCGAGCCAAGGAAUUUGAAGCCUGCACGGGUGGCCGGGUUGUGUUCUCAGAUGCCAACAAUAUCUUUGAAGACCCCAUUGCCGAUUUGGGGACCAUCACCAACCAAGGCAGCGAAGUCUACGAUGGGUAUUUCAUGUCCUACAGUCAUUUCCCCGAGGUUUCCGCCCUCCGGCUCAGCGAACCUCUCAAUGACCGCAUCCGUCAAGAUAAUGCCCGUCUCAAGUGGGAAGAUGUAUUUCCCAAAGUCAAGGCCAUGGGAGAAUAUCGUCAUCCGGAUGGACAGAAAGCCUUGGAAUUCUUAAUGUACGAUGGAGAUUUCUUUGUGCCCGUCGUUCGUUUGGAUUUGCUCGAAAAAAAUGGAUUGCCCUUGCCCAAUACUUGGGAAGAAGUGGCUCAGUAUGUGAGCUUCUUCAACGGAACAGAUUUGAAUGACGAUGGAGACGAAGAUGACUUUGGAUUCUGUCACUUUCCUCGAUUGGGUAAGUCUUCUUCUAUUAUUCACGUCUUUGUGUUUGCUUCCUACUGUAUUUGGAUUGUAAAGGAAUCUGACCCGUUCGAUGCCUGCCCUUUGGAUGUUGUCAAAGGAGCUGGAAUUUUCGAUUGGUGGUGGGCUGAAGCCUUGUACGGCACUUGGGCCUCGGCAGAUCAGACCCUAGGAACUGAAGAAGGGUUCUUCUUUGAUGUCGAUACCAUGGAACCGAGGAUUGGAGAAGGAUAUGGAUAUGCCGCCCAAAUUUGGAAGGAGCUUUGGAAUUCAGGGGCUACUGCCGAAAGUGACCUCUUCUUGGAGGGACGGUGCGCCAUUGGAUUUGCCCCGCCUGGAUCUUGGAAACGAUUGUUCUUGACUCCCAACGGGGUUCAUCGCACCGAUGCAAACGGAACGGUCGUAUGGCAGCCAACCAUGGCCAAUGGAGAAUAUGCAGAACCGUACCGAUUCAAACCCUUUGGGUCCCUUCAAGUUGUCAACCGGACCACUGGAAAACUUACUGACUGUACCAAAGAGCUCUGUCCCAAAGCCGAAAAAAUACCCGCUCGAGGUCACUUCGACGACAACGAUAGAGCAUCGGUAUUGCCGCCAUCACCCCUCGAAGGCGAGUUAAUCAACAGGGUUCCCUUCUAUUGGAGUGGAGGAUUGGGGACCAUGAUUCGAAAGUCCGCACCACAAAACCGAAAGGACUUGCUGUGGGAUUACUUUGUCUAUACCAACUCCCCCGAUACGUCCGUCUACGAUGUGGCCAACUACAGGUCCUGGCUCGACUCGUGGCGCUACUCGCAGUUGGUGCCCGGGAACAACUUUCUUGAGGCGGGGUGGUCCGAGCAAUCUUACGUGGAGCACACCAAUGUCAUGCAAUGGGCGCUAUCCAAAGAAGUCAACGGCGCUUUCAACUUGCGGUUGCCCGGGUUGGCCAAGUACACGCGGGACGUAGCAGGAGAUUUGACGAGACAGUACAUUGAUGGAGCAAUCGAGUUGGACGAACUACUGAUGCGUGUUGAUCAGGGAUGGAAGGAAAUUACCGACCAAGAGGGCAAGCUAGAGCAGCUCAGUGUUUAUCGCGCUUCGCUGGGUUUGGAAGCCCACACUGAAGUCGAACUUUGUCGGUUGCACCGAGAAUUGAUGGACGAACGCGAUCCCUCAAUAUGCCGCAAAUAUGAUGAAACUGGAGAAAACACGGCAGUGUUGCUGGGUGUUCUGAUUCCUCUGGUAGUUCUUGUGGUUGCUCUAAUCGCUGUCAUCAUUUAUGUUUUGAAGAGUCGUAAGGAUCUUGAUUUGGUUUGGAGAAUCGAGGCAUCUGAAUUAAUCUUUGAAGACCCCCCUCGCAUCCUUGGUAAAGGAACCUUUGGAUACGUCCUCAAAGCCGAGUAUCGUGGUACUGAAGUUGCAGUGAAGCGAUUCGCGACCGAGCGUUCUCCAGAACCCAAGCCAGUCGAUCCCGUUGGUGACGUCGAAUCUCCCAGCGGAGAUGAGGCCACCAACGACCACAUUUACAAGUCGUUCUCUGCCAGGGUUGCCUCGUCGCAACCAGCAAUAGUUCCUCUGGUGAAGGAAGAAGCGGCGAUGGCGCCAUCCAAGAUGGGCCAAUCCAUGAGCGCCAAGCAGUCGUCGGCCAUGGUCAGUGCGGUGAAGAGUGGCGACGAGGGCAUGAGUGUCGCAUCGAGCAAGGGAUCCUGGUUGGGCACUUUCCGAUCUGACAAAGAGCUUAGCAAACAGAAAGCUGAGUUUGUGGAAGAGAUCAAGAAGUUGGCGACCCUCCGCCAUCAAUGUGUAAUCACCAUUAUGGGGGCGGUCAUGGCCAAGAAUGAUUCUAUGAUUGUGCUCGAGUUCAUGGAGCAUGGAUCUCUCUAUGAUUGUCUCCACAAUGAGACGAUGGAGAUUGACGGAGAGAUUCUGUUACCCAUCUUGAGAGAUAUUGCCAGUGGAAUUCGCUUUCUUCAUGCAGCAACUCCCCAGAUUGUUCAUUGUGAUCUAAAAGCUUCAAAUAUCCUUGUGGAUGGAAGGUUUCGAGCCAAGGUUGCGGAUUUUGGGCUCUCGACAAUCGACACAGAUAAAACGGGGGCAGCUGGAACCCCGUACUUCCUCGCGCCUGAAAUCUUGCGAGGAGAGACGGGGAACACAGCCGAGUCUGAUGCGUAUGCCUUUGGAAUGGUGAUUUUUGAAAUGUACAGUAGGAAGGAUCCCUACGACGGUGAAAACCCUCUCGAGGUCCUUUGUGCUGUUGCAAACAAAGCGGUCAACAAACGGCCACCUCUUCCUCCGACAUGCCCACCAAAGGCGCAAACUUUGAUGAUGGAGUGCCUUGUCGGCGACCCGAGAAGGCGACCAACGUUUGAAGAGUUGGACUUGCAGUUGAAACGUUUGGAUAUCGCGACCAUGGCACCACUUCGGAAGGAGGACGAAAAUAAGCAGGAGCAGUCGCUUGAUUUGUACGAUUUAUUCCCAAGCCACGUCGCCGAUGCUCUCAAGGAAGGACGAAAGGUGGAACCCGAAUCCAAAGAGAACUGCACUGUUUUCUCUUGCGAGAUUUUCAACUUCGAGGACAUUUCCGAGUCGCUUGGACCGGUGAAAGUGCCGGACAUGCUCCAGAGGCUUUAUGGCAAAUUCGACGAACUUUGUACCUCUCACGAUGUGUUCAAAUUGGAGACUGUCAACGAUGCCUACUUGGCCGUCACUGGUCUUGUCAAAGAUCAACCAGAUCACGCGAAACGGAUGGCGAACUUCUCGAUCGCUGCCGCAAGGGCUGCACAAGAAACUCUCCUUGACGAAGACGACCCUGGCAGAGGUACUGUUGGUGUCCUGAUCGGCAUCUCGUCUGGUCCUGUGGUUGCAAAUGUCAUGGGCACGAAGCACCCUCGCUACUGUCUCUUUGGCGAUGCUGUCACCAUGGCUUCAAGAAUGUGUCAGCUCUCGGUAGAGAAUCGAAUUCAAUGUUCCGAAAUUGCCGCCAUCCUUCUCGAACAGCAAGCUCCGAACCUUCCCGUCCGACCCCGUGGACUCAUGAAUAUCAAAGGAAAGGGUGAGGGCUGGACUUUCUUCGUCAACGAAGGCGAAGAAAUGGGCGAUCCAUCAGUCGCGCAGUGGUGA